CGAAUAUACGCUUCCUGAGUUCGUCUAUAUUGGUAUAGCAAACACAGCGAACAAACGACAUAUACAUUCUUAUAAAAAUAUGGUAUCGCUUCAUUGUCUUGCUGAUGUGUGCCUAAUUCCAAUUGGAACAGCCAAGGCCUCUGUGCUGGACGAGGUUGCUGUGAUUACACAACUUGCCCGUGCGUCACAUUUGGAUUGCAAUUUACAUUCUGCGGGCACAACUAUUGCAGGUCCUUGGUCCGAGGUCAUGGAUCUCAUUGGAAGCUUUCACGAAGUAUUGCACAAGAGUGGGGUUGUUAGAAUCCAGAGUGACAUUCGGGUGGGCACUAGAACCGACAAGCACCAGACGCCACAGGACAAAAUCGACGUGGUUGAGGCCAAAAUCAAGAAGUCAACAUGAACUUUCGGAUGAGGAUUGGUAGAGGUGAUGUUUAGGGCUCGGCUCCCUUGGAAGAUAUACAAAAAGGGCGUAUUUGGUAUUUGAAGACAUCAGAGGAGACAUAAGAAGCUAGUGAAAAGCAUCCUCACAAAAGUGAAUAGUUAUUUUAUUAAUUGUUUCCAAGAUGACUAGCUUGAGCUGCAUUAUGAUUCAACCCGGGAGCUGUGCUUUGCAUAGUGAGCUUAUAUUCCGCCACUUCCCGAAGCUCUAAAGUUGAUGGUAGAUGGUGUAUUUGCUCGCACUCAACCACG